AUGUUUGCAAACAUUUAUACAAAAUUAUCGUUCGAUUCAUUCAAACGUCAUAACAGUUGUGUUGUUUGUAAACAAAGUAUAGAAUAUUACAUAACAUUAGAAACAUUGAGUCGACUCAUAACUGACCGCAUGUUUGGCAUUGCAUUCAAAUGUCGACACAGAUUAUCAAUACUAAUGGCAUCAAAAAAUAAACUUAUGUCAUGUGUGACCAUUGCUUUAGGAGGAAGUCUGACAUUUGCAGGCUAUAACCUAUACACCGGUGAUCACAAGUUUUAUCAACAACUGGUUAUGCCUUUCAUACAUCAUAUAACAGAUGCCGAGACCGCACACACAAUGGCCAUCAAAUUGGCUAAACAUGGAUUUGUUCCACAUCUUAAAGAAGAUGAUACUUUAGUACCAAUACUUAAAACGAGUUUAUGGAGUCUUGAGUUCAAUAAUCCAAUUGGUUUGGCCGCAGGAUUUGAUAAGAAUGGACAGGCAAUCAAUGGUUUGGCUAAAUUGGGAUUUGGUUUCAUUGAAGUCGGAUCCUGUACACCACAACCACAACCAGGUAAUGAAAAGCCCAGAGUUUAUAGACUUAUUGAAGACAAGGCUAUCAUAAAUAGAUAUGGAUUUAAUAGCAUUGGUCACAAUGCAGUUAAAGCUAAUAUUGAAAAUUCGAUAAAAACUAAAGAAUCUUUAAUUUUGGGUUUAAAUUUGGGUAAAAAUAAGUUAACAGAAAAUAUGGUCAAUGAUUACGUCGAAGGUUUGAUUAAAUUUAAAGAUUCAGAAGCUAUCGAUUAUUUUGUAUUAAAUAUCUCGAGUCCUAAUACAUCUAAUCUAAGAGAUUUACAAAAUAAAACACAACUUAAACAACUGAUAGAAAGAGUUUUGAAAGUUAGAAUCGAUUAUCAAAUAGAAAAACCAUUGCUUAUUAAGAUCGCUCCGGAUUUGGAUGAUAAUCAGUUAAAAGAUAUCACUGAUAUUAUCAAUGAAUUUGCAUCAAAUAAGUCAAUGAAAGGAAUAGAUGGACUAAUUAUCUCAAAUACAACUGUCUACAGACAUGAAUGUCUUAAAAGUGAUAAUAAAUUAGUGACACAAAAGGGAGGCUUAAGUGGACUUCCAUUACAGAAAACAUCAACUGAUUUAAUUAAAAGGGUCUAUCAGUUAACUGGUGGUAAAGUUCCUAUCAUUGGUGUCGGCGGUGUAUUCACUGGUAGUGAUGCUUACGACAAGAUAAGAGCCGGCGCUUCACUCAUUCAGAUUUAUACUGCACUUACUUAUGAGGGACCACAAGUGGUUAAUGAAAUCAAGCAAGAGUUGGCUAACAUUUUAAGAUCAAACGGUUUCAAAAAUGUUACCGAAGCCGUCGGUAUUGAUCAUCUUAAGUAAAAUAAAUACCAAUAA